AUGGACUUGGCCGAGGAGAUUGUGGGCGAAAAAAUCGAACUUGCCGUGCUUCAUUUCCGCUCGGGCAACUACGCCAAAUGUCUUCUGCUUUACAACGAGGUUGUUCAGACUUUGCUGGCAUACUCUGCGUCUGAGGUGGUGAAAGUCAGAACACACUACCAAUUGAGCCCAAAACCCAUUUUGGGCACGUUGGUGCACCCAAAACUCGCCAGUGUUCUCGACCAGAGGGCAGCCACAUACGAGAAGCUUGACGACGUGGAAAACGCUUUGAAAGACGCCCAGAAAAUCGUUUCUGCCGAUCCGCUCAACUGUAAAGGCUAUCUACGCACGGGAAAGCUCUACUUGAAGCAGAAAAAGACCGUGGAUGCUUACAAAAUCUACCAGCGAGGUGUCUACGUCAUUGACAGGGCACGCGAGAAGCACCAGGUGGAAGUGGCAACCAAGCUCUUCCAGCAGUUGAAGGACCAGUACAAGAAACUCAACCGCCAUUUGAAAGAUCUCCGGAAAGAUGAAAAAACCCCAACAGAAUCUUCUCCUGGCCCCCAGGUUGCCAAAGCUGCUCGUCUCUCAUCUGCCAGCGUACAGAGAAGAUUAGAUGACAUGCUUCCCUUGAAAAGAGCCCACAGCCUGGCUAAUUCCUCGGCUCUGCAAUCUCUUCCACAACAGACGGUAGCAGACCCUAGAAAGAAGACCAAGAAAACCUUAGACAUCUUCCAACUACCGCCAGAAAUUGUGGAAUCCAUCUUUGCUUAUCUUCCCAUACGAACAGUACUACGCUGUCAUUUGGUAUGCAAGAACUGGUAUCACGGUCUAACGUCGCUUCCUCGCUUGUAUAAAGGCCAGUUUGUGUUGAAACACCGUAUUACUGCUCCGGAGUACUUCCAAGGCUUGCGGCUCAUGAAGAAAAUUCUGCAUUGUCUGUUUUCCAAAUCCAUAGAUUCCCUACGAGUGUGGUCUACUUUCAAUUCCACACACUUGCGAAGAAUCGUUGACAGCAUAAUCCAAGAUCCGCAAAUCAAACUCAAGCGAUUGGCGUUGGUCAAUCGAGAUUUCAGCAUAGAGUAUUUUCUCGGACGCUUGGACAAGAACAAUUGGUCCUUCGAUAAUUUAACCACAAUCACGCAUCUAAAGCUCGGAAUAAACUCCAGCAUCAUAUACCCCACCAUUCUACUUUUGGCAUUCCCAAACUUGGUGUCUCUUGAAGUAGUCAUCAUUGAUAGGGUGCUACGGAAAACCAACAAACAAUUUCUUCCGUACAACGUGGACAACUUGAACCGAAUGGCGCAAACAGGAGACAAAAUCGAGUCACAAACUUCUUUGGAAAGCUUGUCUUUGAUAAAUCAUCCCGAACUAACUAGGGAAAUGCUGCAGAUUCCUCCAAGCCAAAACUCGUUUAGUGUAAAGGCCCCGUUUCUAAACAUUGCAUACCCAAAUUUGACGAAACUCACUGUUGUCAAUUUUGAUUUUAAGAACACGGAGGCUCAAUUUGGUGGGUUCCUCUCUCAUUGUACGGGCUUGCAAGAGCUUUACCUUGAAAAUAACGAGACCUUGUCAGUUAAAUGCCUAUUCAUGAUUCUUCGGCUGUACUCUCCGUCAUUUGUGCUUAAAAAAUUGACGAUCCGGGAGAAAAGCCAAGAUCUACCGUACAGCUUGGCUGAGCUAGACGAAGAUGUGCUAACAUGUCUUUUCGAUCUAGAACAUCUUGAUGUUUAUGGGUCAUGUCUUUCGAACCGAGGCCUCUUGAAACUUUUACGUAUUGCCAAUCGCUCAUGGAACUUGAGAAGCUUGAACAUCGGCAACUCGCUGCGGCUCUGCUUUCCGCAAGACAAGUUUUUAAGCAGUCAGGAUGUCGUUACGUUUGCCCAGAUUUUCCAAAUAAUCCCGAGCCUCACCAGCCUCUACUUGAACGAACUUGACCUAGAUAAUAUGUCAAUGAGAAAGCUUCACCAGGAUUUGGUGGCCAUCAGCGGCUACGAAAACUGUCGGCUCAAAAAAAUCGACCUACUGUUUUGCCAUAACAUCAAUGGCGUGGGACUAAUGAACUUGGUCAAUGCUUCCUAUUCGCAAACACCAAACACUUCAACGCUAAUGUUGGACGAGUUAGUAUUGUAUGGUUUGGACAUCAACAAAGAAACCCUUCAUCUUCUCAAAAUGCGUGAUAUUGUCAAACUGAUUGUCGCCGACCCAUUCAGAACGAAGUGGAGACAGUAUGGAAUCAAUUCCUAUGUGCAAGAAACGUAG